AUGUCAGUGAUUCCCAAUGUUCCAGUCAAUGCUACAUGGGCACAGAACGGAGUGACUGUUGCUGGAGGCCGUGGACUAGGCAAUGCUCUUGAUCAACUACACCACCUUAAAGGUUUCCUCGCUGCUGAUGAUCAAACGUUGGUCAUCUCUGACUGGAACAACAAUCGUAUCGUCGAAUGGCAGGUAGGUGGUACGAAGGGAAGAGUGGUAGCUGGUGGCAAUGGCCAAGGAGAUCGAUUAGAUCAAUUGUUUUUUGUUACCGAUGUAUUGAUCGAUAAUGAGACAGAUAGUCUCAUUAUGUGUGAUGAUCGAAAUCGACGAGUCGUGCGAUGGUCUCGUCGUAAUGGCACAACUCAAGGAGAAAUUCUCCUCGACAGCAUCUUUUGCUACGGAUUAGCCAUGGACGAUCAGAGAGGUCUCUACAUUUCUGACCCCAUCUUGCUUGAUGUUAGACGAUAUCAAAUAGGAGAGAAGAAUGGAAUUGUAGUGGCUGGUGGGCAUGGUAGAGGUGAUGGCGUCACUCAACUUGACGACCCAACCUAUCUCUUUGUCGAUCGACAACAAGCUGUUUACGUUUCAGACACCGAAAAUCAUCGUGUAAUGAAAUGGAGCAAGGGAGCAACAGAAGGAGUUGUUGUCGCCGGUGAUCAUGGUGACGGGAAGUCUCUGAGACAAUUAUCGUAUCCGGGAGGAAUGUUCGUCGAUUCGUUGGGUACUGUGUACAUAUCAGACACAAGGAACCAUCGAGUGAUGCGUUGGCCUAAAGGAGCAGGACAGGGCACUAUCAUUGUGGGUGGUAAUGGUGAAGGAGCAGGAGUUAAUCAGUUGUCUUACCCUACAACUAUUUCCUUCGAUCGACGUGGCAAUCUCUAUGUCUUCGACAAUGGAAAUCAUCGAGUACAACGUUUUUCUAUUGAAGAUACUGAUUAG